GUCCAAGACUGCCGGAGCUAUUGGACUUGAAGCAUUCCGCGAUGGAGAGCCUCACGCUGACAAGCAGCGGCAUAGCCGCUCUGGUUGCUACUGGAGGAGUAGUCCUCCUGCUCGGGCAGAAGUUGUACGAGGCAUAUGUCGGGCCGCUGUCAAAGAUCCCAGGGCCGUGGUACGCGCCAUGGACGGAUCUUGUGAACACCUACUGCGCCCUGACUGCGCAGAAGCACCUUUACGCACUCCGACUGCAUGAGAAAUAUGGCCCCGUCGUCCGCAUCGGCCCCAACGAGCUCCUUGUCAACAGUGCCGCGGGCGCCGCGACCAUCCACCAAGUCAAGCGCCCUUUCCUCAAGAGCGCAUGGUACAAGAAGUUCCUCCCGGGCGUCGAGAACGUCUUCAACACGAUAAAUCCAGAGUUUCACCGUCGCCACCGUCGCCUGCUCGCCGCUCCGCUGUCAGAAAGCUCCCUGCAGACCGUGUUCCUCCCGCGCAUCGAGGCGCACUUUGACCUUGCCAUCUCCAAGAUGCGGCACGACAUCGACACCCAGGGCUCCACGGACGUUGCCAAGUGGUUCCUGUUCCUGACCACCGAUGUGAUCGGCGAGCUGUCCUUUGGCGACUCCUUCCACAUGCUCGAGCGCAACGAGGUGAACCAGUACAUCCGCGACCUACAAGGACACAAGGUCGUCAGGGGCCUGCGCCUCGCGUUUGGAUCGAUAGCAUCGUCGCCGCUGUCGAGGUUCCUUCCCGGCUUCAGUGCGCUGCGUAAGGUCAACGAGCGCAACCGCAUGUACGCCACGCAAUCGAUUGAGCGGCACAAGGCGCUUGUCGAGAAGCAGCAGCAGCAGCAGGAUCCCGAGAAGGCCGGCAGUGAUACGGGAGCCAAGGCAACGGGGGUCUACCCGACGCUGUUCCAGAAGAUGUACAAGGCCAACGACGAGGACGGGGAGACGCUGACAUCCAAAGAGCUCGUGGACGACGCGGGCAUAUUCAUCAUCGCGGGCAGCGACACGUCGUCCACCACGCUGACCUUCUUGGUCUGGGCAGUGUGUCGACACCCAGAGAUCCAGAAGGCGCUGGUCGACGAGCUGGCCGCCCUGCCGGAGAGUUACACGCAGCAGGACCUCAAAGACUUGAAGUUCUUGAACCUGGUGAUCCAGGAGACGUUGCGGCUCUAUGCGGCCGCGCCGAGUGCGCUGCCCAGGGUUGUCCCGCCGUCCGGGGUCGAGAUUGACGGGUACUCGCUCCCCGGGGGCAGCGUGGUCAACACCACGACGUAUGCGCUUCACCGGGAUGAAAUGAUCUUUCCAGACCCGAACAAGUUCAAUCCUUGGCGGUGGGAGAACCCGACCAAGGAGAUGAAGGCUGCAUGGAUGCCAUUUGGAGGUGGCACGCGGACAUGCGUCGGAAUCCAUCUGGCUUACAUUGAGAUCCGGCUGGGUGUAGCCAGGUUCUUCCGCGAGUUCCCCCACGCCAGAAUCUCGACGCGCGAGGGCAUGUCGGACGACGACAUGAAGGAAGUGGUGUUUUUCCUGUUGUCGCCAAAAGGCAAGCGGUGUCUUGUCGAGGCAUGAGGUGCAAUCCGUCCUUUGUAGCAUGCUGGUUGCAUGAGGUCUUUGUGUACAAGAAAACACAGGAGCGGACACUGAUGAUGAGAUUUUGUGGCGGUUUUGGGUUCAAUGUGAAGAUUCAUAAGCAUUGCACGUUGGAUAGUUAAUUAGGC